AGCAGCUGGUUGCAGACCCGAUAGAGUCCUGCCCCUUUACAACAAGUUUCGUCUGUAACCACAACACCACAUCUGACAUCUCUUAUUAAAGAUGGGGGAAAGGUUGCAAGGCCAAAAAACCUACGUUUGUUCAUUUUUUGAAUGUAAAGCUAAGUUCAGUAAGCCGUGGAAGUUUGAGGCUCAUCUUUGCAAACACACAGGAUUGAAACCGUUUUCCUGUGAGAGCUGUGACAAGAGCUUUUGCACUCGCUAUCAGCUCACCAGACACGAGCUCAAUCACAGUGGAGAGAAACCACACAAGUGUCUUGCUGAUGGAUGCGCCGAGGCCUUUGUUACAAACAGCAGCAUGAAGCACCACAUGGCACGGGUUCAUCAGCACCAAGACAAGAGAUAUCUGUGUGACCAUCAGGGCUGUGGAAAAGAUUUCCACAAGAGGAACCAACUGAAAGCUCAUAAGUAUGAUCACCAGCAGGUCCUACCCUUUCAUUGUUCUUUCGAUGGCUGUACAAGAGAAUUUCCCACACAUGGAAAACUGAAGCAUCACGAGAGUGUGCAUGGAGGUUACCCCUGCGAGAAUGACUCGUGUUCUUUUCGAGGAAAGACAUGGGCAGAAUACCUGAAGCACAGAAAUGAACACAAAGUUAAGGCUCAGUGUGGAGAGUGUAAAAAGCUGUUUAACAACGCCUGGUUCUUGCGCCAGCAUGAGCUCCAUGUCCACUCCGGGGAGAAGAAGAAGCUGGCCUGCCCGAGAAAAGGCUGUGGUAAGAAGUUCACUCAUCGCUUCAACUUGGAAAGCCAUGUUCUGGGAGACCACGAGGGCAAGAAGCCCUUCAGCUGUGCCUACGCUGGCUGUGGGAAGAUCUUUGCCAUGAAGGAAAGCCUGUGGCGACAUGGAGUGGUGCAUGACCCCGCAAAGAAAAAGCUGAAGAAACUGCAUCCUAAAAAGAACCAGCCCUGGCGUGUUGCAGAGCAGCUCAGACUCAAAGCUGCAGCCAUGCAAGCUGCGACCAACAAGCUGGCCACCAAACUGUACAAGACAACUUUGAAGGAUAACAAACCGUGAGGCUGCCUUCUAUACAUUUCUGCAUGUGUUCAUUAAAAGUGAAACAUGAUUUCUGUUAUAUUUUUGUUUACGCAAGUAUGAAAUAAAGCCUCAUUAAAACAGCA